AUGCAAACUGGACAACUCCGGAGCAAAGCGUGCAGCGUCCAGCAGCUGAUCGGUAAUCCAGAAGAAGUUUCCCCUCAGUUAGGGGGGAGCUCCACUUUGAAGCAGGAGACUCCACAACCACCCUGCAUUAAAAAGGAAGAGGAGGAACUCUGCAUCACUCAGGAGGGAGAGUGUCUUCUAGGACGAGAGGAAGCUGAUUACACCAAGUUUCCACUGAGUAUUCUCUCUGUGAAGACUGAAGAUGAUGAAGAGAAACCACAAGUAAACAACAUCUUAGCUCCACUAUCAGAUAGUGAGGCUGAAGACAAGGUUGAAGAACCUUUGAGCAGCGAUAAAGACUGUGAAGGUGAUAGAACUUACAUUGCCAACAAACACUCUGAAUGCUCUACAAAGAAGAGAGGUAAAACAUGUUUGAGCUGCUCAGUUUGUGCUAAAAGUUUUACUACAGAGGGCAAUUUGACUCGACACAAGAGAACACACACAGGAGAAAAACCAUUUUAUUGUUCAGUUUGUGGCAAAAGCUUUUCUCAAAAUAGCUCUUUGACUCAACACAUGAGAACACACACAGGUGAAAAAACAUUUAUUUGUUCAGUUUGUGGCAAAAGCUUUUCUCAAAAUAGCUGUUUGACUCGACACAAGAGAACACACACAGGAGAAAAAACAUUUAAUUGUUCAGUUUGUGGCAAAAGCUUUUCUGAAAAUAGCAAUUUGACUAAACACAUGAGAACACACACAGGAGAAAAAACAUUGAAUUGUUCAGUUUGUGGCAAAAGCUUUUCUCAAAAUUAUGGUUUGACUGGCCACAUGAGAACACACACAGGUGAAAAACCUUUUAAUUGUUCAGUUUGUGGAAAAAGCUUUUCUCAAAAUAGCUAUUUGACUCAACACAUGAGAACACACACGGGAGAAAAAACAUUUAAUUGUUCUGUUUGUAGCAAAAGCUUUUCUCACAAUUGCAUUUUGACACAACACAUGAGAACACACACGAGUGAAAAACCUUUUAAUUGUUCAGUUUGUGGAAAAAGCUUUUCUCAAAAUAGCUAUUUGACUCAACACAUGAGAACACACACAGGUGAAAAAACAUUUAAUUGUUCUAUUUGUAGCAAAAGCUUUUCUCACAAUUGCAUUUUGACUCAACACAUGAGAACACACACGAGUGAAAAACGUUUUAAUUGUUCAGUUUGUGGAAAAAGCUUUUCUCAAAAUAGCUAUUUGACUCAACACAUGAGAACACACACAGGUGAAAAAACAUUUAAUUGUUCAGUUUGUAGCAAAAGCUUUUCUCACAAUUGUAUUUUGACUAAACACAUGAGAACACACACAGGUGAAAAACCAUUUAAUUGUUCAGUUUGUGGCAAAAGCUUUUCUAUAAAUGUCAAUUUGACUCAACACUUGAGAACACACACAGGUGAAAAACCAUUUAAUUGUUCAGUUUGUGGCAAAAGUUUUUCUCAAAAUAGCCAUGUGACUCAACACAUGAGAACACAUAAGUGAAAAAACAUUUAACUGUUCGAUUUGUGGUGAAAACUUUUCUAUUAAGAACCGUUUGACUGAACACAUGAGAACACACAAAGGUGAAAAAACAUUUAGUUGUUCAGUGUGCUGUAAAAGGUUCCCACGUAAUGCAGACGCAGUAAAACACAUAAGAACUGUUGCGUUUGACCAGAUGUUCCUCCAAGUGGGAUGUAAAACGCUGGUCAGUCCCAAGUUCCUUUGAUGACAUAUAAACUGAUCUCAAAGGUACCACCAAGCACAGUAUAGGUAUUUUGUAAUGUAUUGUCAAAUAUUUGAGAAUAGAGACCAGCCUCGAACAACACAUCCAAAUGCGUAGCCCAAGUUGAUCUGGCAUUCCAAAGGAAAAAGCAACUCUUUUCACACAAAGAAAGCCCCCAUCCCCCCUCCCUCAUCAAGAAGGCCCAGCAGAGGAUGUAUUUACUGCGGCAGCUGAGGAAACUUAAGGUGCCGACAGAGAUGCUGGUGCAGUUUUACUCAGCCAUCAUCGAGUCCAUGCUCACCGCCUCCAUCACAGUGUGGUUCCCCGGCGCCACAGUCCAGGAUAAGCAUUGACUGCGGCGCAUCGUACGUGCUGCUGAGAAGGUGAUUGGCUGCAAGCUACCAUCCCUCCAGGACCUGUUCUCCUCCAGGACCAGGAGGCGUGUGGGUCGGAUCACAGCUGACUCUUCUCACCCUGGACACAAACUAUACUCCCCUCUUCCCUCAGGCAGGAGACUACGGUCCAUCCAGACCCACACCUCCCGCCACCUGAACAGUUUUUCCCCCUCGGCCAUCAGGCACAUGAACAAUAACAAGAUCUGUUAGCUCAGUUACAGCUCUUUUUAGUACCUAUUCUGUGUUAUAUGUGUUUUAUGUUGCACGAUUGCACCAAGAAAAAUUCCUAGUUUGUGAACCCAUUCUCAAACAGUGGCAAUAAAAACUAUUCUGAUUCUGAUUCCGGUUGAUUAUUUUAUUACU